GCUCCGCCCGCCCGGCACUUUCAGCGCCUCGGGAAUUCCUCCACCACCUCGAGGAUCGGGGGUGCCCCCCCACCUCCGCCGAGAACGUGCACGACCGCCUCGAAAACAAGAGACAACUCGGAAUACGAACGACUCGUCGCCUCCGCUGCGCGACGGUAUCCUUCGGUGUUCGGAAGUCCUGCCGCCGGGAAUGUGCCCUCCGCUGGAUUAACUACUCCCUUGUGCCGCUCGUUCGUCCGUCUCCAGUGAGCCACCGGAGAGGGAGUGCUGAGAGAGCGAGAGAGAAAGGGUGGGGAUCGGUGCUCGAUCCCCCCGUGCGACGGCUUCUGGUGCGGCCACACGACGGCGCGCUCGACGAGUCGGGACCCGUGUGGAUUUUAGCCUCGUCGCUGCCGUCGCCGACACCCGUCCGUCGUGAUGGGGACACGGCAAAUCGACGGCAUCGCGCCGACGUUUGCCAAGAAGCCCACGAUACGGCAGGAGGACGAUGGCGAGCGUCUCCUGUUCGAGGCACGGAUCCUGGCGGACCCAGAGCCGACUGUGUCCUGGUUCCACAACGGCACACUCGUCGUUCCAAAGGGCCGCUUCCAGAUGCACAUGGAAAAGGAUGGAAAUUCCUACCACGUGACACUGCAAAUAGAUGACGUCACCAUUGAAGACGCCGGAAAGUACAAAGUCACUGCCAAGAAUGAACUUGGUGAAGGCAAUGCCAAUAUCAGCUUAAACUUUGACAGUGACGAUCUCCCAGAUGAAGGGGCAAAGCCCACUUUCACCGAGAAGCCGACCAUCCGGCAAUCUGACGAUGGAAACAAGAUAAUUUUUGAGUGUCAGUGUGUAGCGGACCCAACACCAGCCAUUGAAUGGUACCACAAAGGCACCCUGGUGAAGGAAGAUGCUCGGCACAAGUACAGGGUCGUUUCCGACAAGCACAACCACACAGUAGCACUGGAGGUGGCCAAUGUCAAAGCUGAGGAUGGCGGCGAGUACCGAGUUCUCGCACGAAAUGACCACGGAGAAGGUCACGCCAACAUUACCCUCAACUUCGAAGACUCUGGAAAACCAAAGAUUCCAGAGGGCAAGGCGCCACGUUUUCCCAAGAAGCCCACCAUUCGCCAGGAAGGCGACUCACUCAUCCUUGAAUGCAUCCUCGAAGCUCAUCCUUUCCCAGAGAUCUCCUGGUUUCUAGGGAACAAGAAAAUCAACGACGGUCUCCGACACAGGACGUCCAAGAAGGAGACCGCAAAGCACACAUACCUGCUCAGCUUAGAGAUUAAGGACCCAACGACAGAAGACGGUGGCAACUACCGUUGCAAUGCUGUGAAUGACCUCGGAGAUAGUAAUGCCAACAUUACUCUAAAUCUGCAAGGUGCAGAGCCACCGAAGCCACCGGGUGAUCCCCCGGUUUUCACAGAGAAGCCAAAAAUCAUUCCAAAGGACUCCGGCGCGGUGAUCAUCAUGGAGUGCCACGUGAAAUCCAAAACUGCCCCCCAGUUCACGUGGCUUCAUGAUGGUAAGCCCCUCCGCGAGGCCCCUCAUAUAAAGUCGAAGAUGGUCAAGGACGGUGGCGAGUUCAUCAUCACCCUAGAAAUCACGGGACCUGGAAAGGAAGACGGAGGUCCAUACAAGUGCAACAUUAGAAAUGAAGAUGGAGAGAUCAAUGCUAAUCUCAACCUCAACAUUGCUGGUGCUGCUGCACCAACUGGAGUGGCACCAUCAUUCGUGGAGAAACCACAGAUCACAGCCGAGGACGAAGGCAAGCUGAUCAUCAUGGAGUGCAAGGUGCGUGCUGACCCCAAGCCAACCAUCACGUGGAUGAAGGAGGGCGUCUCUGUCGCCGACAACAAGCGCAUCACGCAGACCAUCAAGCAGGACAAAGAUGUGUACCACAUUCGGCUGGAACUUCGGGAUCCCGAGUUUUCGGAUGCUGGCAUCUACAAGUGCAACGUUAAGAACGAAGCGGGCGAGAGCAAUGCGAACCUGACCCUCAACAUCGAGUUGGCACCUGUAAUCAAGGAGCGGCCCAAGGUGGUCAGGCGGGAGCUGCACAAGACGAUCGUCAUCGAGUGUCACGUGCAGUCAACGAACAAGCCAGAGGUGAUCUGGUUCAAGGAGAACACCCAGGUGCGCGAGGACACUCGCCACCAGGUGCACAUCCGCCAGGUGUCUCAGGGAGAGUUCGCCGUGGCGCUCGAAAUCGACAAACCGGCCGUUCAAGACAAGGGCGUUUACAAGCUGGUCGCCAAGAACGUCAAGGGCGAGGCUGCUUCUCAGACUGUUGCUGUCGACCUCGAAGAGGAGAAGAAAGAGCCUGAAAAGAAAGAACCCGAGAAAAAGGAGGAGCCAAAGCCCAAGGGGGAGAAGCCAAAGAUUGUGCAAAUGUUGGCUUCUCAGACUGUUGAAGAAGGCAAGACUUGUGAAUUUGUCUGCCGUGUUGAAUCUGUCACCAAGGUCACGGUUGUCUGGAUGAAGAACAAGAGGGUCGUCCGGGAAACAACCAGCACCCGAAUCACCUUCGAUGGUUCCACGGCGAAGCUCGUCUUCUCGCCAGCUACCAAGGACUUGGCUGGAAACUACACAGUCGAGUUCACGAACGAGUUUGGCAAGGAGGAAUCUUCGGCUGAGCUCAUUGUCAAAGAUGCUCCAAAAAAGAAGCCAGAAGAAAAGAAACCCGAAGAAAAGAAGGUUGAGGAGAAGAAGCCAGAAGAGAAGAAGCCUGAGCCAAAGAAGGUUGAAGAGAAAAAGGUUGAGGAAAAGAAGAAAGUGGAAGAGAAGAAGAAGGUAGAGGAAGUGAAGAUUGAGGAGAAAGCUGAAGUCAAGAAAGUCGAGGAGAAAAAGGUGGAGGCUAAGAAGCCCGCCGAGAAGAAGGCAGCAGAAAAGAAGCCCGACGAGCUGAAGCCUGAGACCAUUGAGAGGAAGCCCUCGAUCGAUAAGCCAUCGAAGCUCGAAGCCGACAAAAAGGCGCUACCAGAGCGCAGAACGAGUCUCGACCGCCAGCAAAAUGAUGAAGUCACGGAGUCAAUAAAGGAUGAAAUUAUUCGCGAACCGUCGCCCGUGGAAGAGCGUCGACCGUCCAUCAGCAAGAGACGACCCAGUGACAAGAUCGAACCCCUCCAAAAUGACGAAAGUCCUAAAUCACCCACCAUGCCUGCACCAGAGCAGAUUAUUUCUCCUACACCUCCACCAGCUGCUCCUAAAAAGAAAGACAAGAUUCCGCCACCUCUGAACCUAGCCCCCGAAGUGCCGUCCGACAAUGAGUCUGUCGCCUCGUCACCUUCGCAGUCCCCACGAUCAAAGUCCCCAAGGACGGUGAUGGGUUUUCAGCUUCAAGGCCAACCAGAAGGAGAAGACGAAGAACGGGACUUCGGCGAACCUCUGGUGUACAAGUUUAAGGAGGAGGGAUAUGAACCAGUGCCCUUAGAAAGUGUAGAGUCUCCACCAGCUCGUAAGUCUUCAGUGCCAGUGAUCAUGGUUGACGACACUGAAGCAUCCAAGAAACCCAAAAAGAAAAGGAGCGUCAAGAAAGGCAAAGAUGAAGAAGAGCCCAAAGAGGAGGCUCCAAAGCCCAAACCGAAAAUGCGAUCAAUAAAACGGGCCGGUUCUCCUGAAAAGGCCGCAGAACCGCCACCAUCACCGCGCGGGCGACGGAGCUCCGUGUGCGUCGCAGCCGAGCCAGGGCAUAUUCCAGCAGAACUCGUGAAUCUGCCGCAAACGGCGACUGUCACAGUCCAGGGAGUCGUCAUGACCGUAGAAGAUGCUGAAAAGAUGCUCGAGAAAGGAAUGGUGGUCGACGAGGCCGGCAAAAUGAAAAAACUUCGGCCGGGUGAAAUGGUUGAAGUGAGGCAGCGGCGUCGUUCCAGUAUCGACAUGCGACGGGCCAGUGUUUCUGAGCUACAAGAAAAGGUUGAGAAACCGUCAACGCCUCUGCGGCCCAUUCCCGAGAGUGAAGAGGGACCGCCGAACAUUGUGGAUUACCAGGAGAAUGUCACAGCUGUUGAAGGUGGUACUGCCUACCUGUCAGUUCAGGUGGAGGGCAACCCUGUGCCUCAAUUCCGUUUCUACAAGGGAGUGAGCGAGGUGUAUGAGGGAGGUCGCUACAAGGUGAUCACCGAUGGCGAAACAAAUACGGUGUGCUUCUGCAUCCGCAAGGCCAAGAGUACUGAUGAGGGCAAAUAUAAGGUCGUCGCUUACAACAAACACGGCGAGGACUCUGUCACCAUGAAUCUCUUUGUGAGCGAUGAAAGUGGUAUGGAUUUCCGUGCCAUGCUCAAACACAGACAAUAUGCCAAAUGGGGUAUGGGAAAAGAUGACCCCGACUGGCAACUCAAGCAACGAGAAGAAGAGAAAGAGCAAAUCGGCCUUCGCAAGCCGAAACCAGACGCAUUCCUUCAACCACUGGAGAAUGUGCAUGUUAAGGAAGGUCGGGACAAGCUAGCCCGCUUCCAGGCCGUGUUUUCAAAAAGCGGUGUGAAGGGCAAGUGGUUCCGCAACCGCCAGGAGAUCUUCAUGGGCAAAAAGUACCACAUGACUAGCCAGGGUGACCUUCACGUCCUUGAGGUCAUGAACCCAACAGUGGAAGACGGAGGGCGAUACACCCUUACUUGCCUUGACACCAGCUGCCAGGCACUCCUGGAAGUGGAUGACCCGGACCCCGUGUACAAAUUCGUCAAGAAGCUGCCGUCCAAGUCGCAGCAGUACACCACCAAGGAGCUGGUGCUGGAAUGCACCACCAACAGCCACAAGGCCCCUGUGCAGUGGCUGAAGGAUGACAAGAAGAUUGCUGCAAGCGACAAGUACAUUAUUGAGCAGGACCAAUUUGGCAAGAAAAUACUGCGUGUUCAGAACUGCACUUUGGAAGACACCGGUUUGUACACCUGCAAGAUCAACUCGGAAGAGAAGACCUCAAGCAAAGUCACCAUUACAGAACAAAAGUUCCAGUUCAUGAAGGGCCUGAAAAGCUUCAAGAUCUUCGAGGAUGAAUCUGUCACUCUUGAAUGCGAAGUGGACGAGUGGGAGGCCCCAGUGCAAUGGUUCAAGGAUGGCAAGGAGAUCAAGGGUGACAAGCACUAUGAAGUGGCUGCAGAAGGUCGUAAACGCCGCAUUCACAUAAAAAAAGCAAAGAUCACGGAUGAAGGCAAAUACGUCUGCAAAACCAACUCGGACGAGACAAGUGGAGAACUUCUAGUGGAACCGGCCAACAAAUUCAAUAAGAAGCUGAAGGAUGUGGAUGCUCUAGAAAGGGAGCAAGCCAUCCUUGAGGUUGACCUUCUGGACAGGUAUGCUCCCCUCAAGUGGUUCAAGAACGGCGAGGAAAUCAAGCCGAGUGAGAGGAUAACCAUUAAGCAGCUUGAAGAUGGUCGCCACCAACUGAUCAUUAACAAAUGUGAACUUGAUGAUACGGGUGAAUAUUCUAUUGAGUGCAAGGACCUCAAGUGUGCCUGCAAGCUAAGCGUGACUGAAGCUGAAAAAGCUCCUGUCAUCAAGCUAGACAAGACGGACUAUACUGGAGACACUGGAAAGCCACUGACUAUCGAGAUCCCAUACAGCGUGACUGGUGUGAGGACAUCAGACGUUGUUGGCAAGUUACUACGCAACGGGCAGCCAGUUAGCACCAAGGAGGUUGAUGUUGUCGUGAAGAACGAUGUAGUGCUUGUCACCUUCAGGAAGCCCGUUCGGGACACUUCUGGUCCCUAUGAGUUUUCUCUGAGCAACUCUCAAGGAGAAGCGAAGCUCCCACUCAACAUCAACAUUCUGGACGUGCCCCAGCCACCCGAGGGUCCCCUCGAGGUCUACGACAUCUACAGGGAUCGCUGCAAGCUCAAAUGGAAGCCACCAAAGGACACCGGUGGUGUCCCACUGCAGCAUUAUGUAGUGGAAAGGCAGGACCUUGGUGUCAGAGGAGGCUGGACCGAAGUCCUCACUACUGAGGACACUCACGCAGAUAUUACGGACCUCACACCUAAGAAGGAGUACAAGUUUAGGGUGCGCGCUGUGAACAAAAAGGGCGCAUCAGAGCCGCUCAAUGCUGACAGAACAACGUUGGCAAAGGACCCGUAUGACGAACCCUCCAAGCCUGGAAAUGUUGAGGUUACUGACUGGGAUGCAGACAGGGUGGAUCUCAAAUGGGAGAAGCCCGAAAAAGAUGGUGGUGCACCCAUUGAAGGAUACGUCAUUGAAUACAAGGACAAGUUCUCCAGGGACUGGGUUCCUUGUGCUAAUAUUCCAGCUGACAAAACUCAAGGCAGAGUGUCCGACUUGAAAGAAGGCGUACAGUACGAAUUUCGUGUACGUGCCGUUAACAAGGCCGGACCCGGUGAACCCAGUGACCCGACAAAGCCAAUUAUCUGCAAGCCGAGGUUUGUGAAGCCAUUCAUUGUGGGUGAUGGAUUGAAGAACCUGACUAUCAAACGAGGUGCUACGAUCAAGUAUGAGAUCGAGUUCAAAGGUGAACCUCCACCAGAGGUUGUGUGGGAACGCAACAGCACACAGCUCAAGGCCACUGACAGGACAACCAUUGAAGUUAAGGACACUUCGACGACCUUCAUAACGAAGAACGCCGUGAGGGCCGACAGUGGUCGAUACACACUCAAGUUGACAAACAGCAGUGGAUCAGUCUUCUCUGAGGCAGAUGUUGUUGUUCUGGACAAACCUGCCAUGCCCGGAGGUCCGCUGAAACCGGAGAAAGUCCGAGCAGAUCACGUGGAACUCUCUUGGAAACCACCUCCCGACACGGGCGGCCAGGAGCUGAAGGGCUACGUUUUGGAGAAGAUGGACACAGACACCGGACGCUGGGUACCAGCGGCAGAGGUUGGCCCCAAAGAAACCAAGGCUCGCAUCGACGGCCUUCAGAAGGGCAAGAAGUACAAGUUCCGAGUCAAAGCUGUCAACAAGGAGGGCGAAUCGGAACCUCUGGAGACCGGAGAGGACAUCGUAGCCAAGAACCCCUACGAUGAACCUGGCAAGCCAAGCAAGCCAGAGAUUGUGGACUACGACAACACGAAGGUUGACCUCAAGUGGGACAAGCCAGAGAAUGAUGGCGGGCGCCCCAUCCUGCAAUACAUUGUGGAGAAGAAAGAUAAGCACAGCUCGGACUGGGUGGAGGCCCUCAAGACGCCCGGCGACAAGUGCGAGGCCACCGUGGAUGGCCUCAAGGAGAACUCGGUCAUGCAGUUCCGGGUACGAGCCGUCAACAAGGCCGGUGUGGGAGAGCCCAGCGAGCCCACUGAGAACCAUAUUGUCAAGCACCGCAACUUGAAACCUCGCAUUGACCGCACCAACCUCAAGAAUGUCAUCUUGAAGGUGGGAAGGUCUCACACCUAUGAGGUUGACAUCAUCGGUGAGCCGCCACCAGAGGUUGUCUGGACAUUUGGCGAGGGUCUGCAGAAACUCAGCCCCGAUGAGAACACUACCAUUGAGAACAAGGACUACCAUUCCACCUUUGGUAUAGUCAAGGCUCUACGCAAGCAGUCUGGCAAAUACACCAUCACUGCGACCAACAGGAAUGGAAAGGACUCUGUUUCAAUUGACAUUACUAUACUUGGCAAACCAGCGAAGCCCGAAGGACCACUGGAGGUCAAGGAUGUCCACAAGGAGGGCUGCAAGCUCAAGUGGAACAAACCAAAGGAUGACGGUGGCUGUCCACUGCAUCAUUACGAAGUUGAAAAAUUGGACAAGGAAACUGGUCGCUGGACCCGCGUUGGCAAGACAGACAAGCCAGAAAUUGAGGUCACUGGCCUGACGCCCAACAAGGAGUACCUCUUCAGGGUCGUUGCCGUCAACGAUGAGGGCGAAUCCGAACCAUUGGAGACACUCCAGGGAACAGUCGCCAAAAACCCAUAUGAUGAGCCAAGCAAGCCUGGGACGCCUGAGCUGGUUGACUGGGACAACACCAGUGUGGACCUGAAGUGGGAGCCCCCAAAGAGCGACGGUGGUGCCCCGAUCGAGAAGUACAUUAUCGAGAAGAAAGAACGCUUUGGCACUGAUUGGGAGAAGGCUGCCGAAGUGCCUGGCUCCAAGACGGAGGCCAAAGUGGCCCCCCUCAAGGAAAAGACCGAGCUACAGUUCAGGGUGGUGGCCGUCAACAAGGCGGGCCCCAGCGAACCCAGCGAGCCAACACAGAUGCACACUGUCAAGCACAGGAAAUUGAAGCCAUACAUUGACCGCACGAACCUGGACGUCAAAAUGAUAAAGAAGGGCAAGCAACUUCGCCUCGACGUCGACAUCCGUGGUGAACCGCCGCCAAAGGUCACCUGGAAGUUGCUGGAAAAGAUUGUCGAGACUAAAGACAAUGUAGAGGUCGUCAACGUUGACUACAACACAAAACUGAACAUCAACGAUGCCCAGCGCAAGGACUCCGGCCUCUACAAGAUCACUGCUGAGAAUGAGCACGGAAAAGAUGAAGCGCAAGUUGAAAUUAUCGUUCUUGCUGCGCCAUCAAGACCAGGAGGUCCACUGAAGGUGUCCGACGUGCACGACAAGGGCUGCAAGCUCAAGUGGAACAAGCCAGAAGACGACGGUGGCAAGCCACUUCAAGCGUACAUCGUGGAAAAAAUGGACACGCAGACAGGCAGCUGGGUGCCUGUGGCACGAGUGGACCCCGACAAGACCGAGUGUCCAGUGACCGGCCUCAUACCCGGAAAGCAGUAUCAGUUCCGUGUGAAGGCGGUCAAUGCUGAAGGAGAAUCGGAGCCUCUGGUCACUGAUGGGCCAACUCUUGCGAAGAACCCAUACGAUGAACCUGGCAAGCCAGGGAAGCCUGAGAUUGUCGACUGGGACGAGAAGCACGUUGACCUGAAAUGGGACGCCCCCAAGGACGAUGGAGGGGCUCCCAUCACGGGCUACGUGGUGGAGAAGAAGGACAGGGUCGGUGGCCACUGGGAGCCCUGCCUGGAGACAAACAGCUCCAAGCCUGAGGCUAAGGUGGAAGGCCUGGUCAAAGGACAGCAGUACCAGUUCCGCGUACGGGCAGUCAACAAGGCUGGACCCGGCGAACACAGCGAACCAACAGGAACCCACCUCUGCAAGGAGCGAUUCUUGGCACCGAAAAUUGUGCGGGACAAUCUCCAGAACAUCACUGUUCGCGCUGGACACAUUGCCAAGGUUAACGUGGAAGUCAUAGGUGAACCUCCUCCGAAAACAACAUGGCUUUUCAAUGGGAAAGAGCUGGAGAAGAGUGAUGUUGUCAAGAUUGAAGAUGAGGAUUACAAGACGUUCCUGUGCAUAGGCAAGGUGACUCGCAAGCACUCUGGCAAGUACACCAUAAAAGCUGAGAACUCGUCAGGAAAAGAUGAAGAGACCAUAGACAUCCUUGUUCUUGACAAGCCUUCCAAACCCGAGGGUCCACUGGAGGUUACAGAUGUGGAUGCCAAGGGAUGCAAGCUGUCAUGGAACAAACCUAAGGAUGAUGGUGGAACUCCAAUCGAGGGGUACCAGUUGGAGAAGAUGGAUACUGCAACUGGACGGUGGGUGCCCUGCGGAAAGGCUGACAAGGAUACCACUGAAAUGAAGGUGUCUGGACUGGAACCGGGCAAGAAGUACCAGUUCCGCGUCAAAGCCAUCAACAACGAGGGUGAAUCGGAACCACUCGAGACGGAGCGGUCUACCCUAGCCAAGAACCCAUAUGACGAACCCGGGCCGCCUGGAAUGCCGGUCAUCACCGAUUACGACAAGGACUUUGUGGUGCUCAAGUGGGAUGAACCAAUCAAGGACGGUGGUGCACCCAUCACGGGCUACAUCAUUGAAAAGAAGGACAAGUACAGCCACGACUGGACGCCCGCUGCCGAGGUUGUUGGCAACAAGACUGAGGGCAAGGUGGACAAGCUUCAGGAAGGUGACAAGUACGAGUUCCGUGUGCGAGCCGUCAACAAGGCUGGUCCGGGUGAGCCAAGCGAGGCCACUGCACCUCACCUCAUGAAGCACAAGAACCUGAAGCCACGCAUCGACCGAACCAACCUGCGCAACCUGACUAUCAAGGUUGGCCAGGCGGUCAACUUUGACGUGGACAUCAUUGGUGAGCCACCGCCAACGGUCACAUGGGAGCAUGUGGGUAAAGGUGAGGUCAAGUCUGAUGAGGUGUACCAGGUUGACAACGUGGACUACAACACCAAGUUCAACAUUCUGCGGGCAACCCGCAAGGAGACUGGUGUCUACAAGGUCAAAGCUACCAACGCUUCUGGAACAGAUGAGGCAGAAGUGGAGAUCAAUGUCCUAGGCAAGCCAGGCAAGCCUAAUGGGCCUUUGGAAGUGUCGAAUGUCCGAAAGGAUGGCUGCUCGCUGAGCUGGAAGAAGCCGGAUGACGAUGGAGGCUGCCCGAUCGAGUGCUACGAGGUGGAGAAGCUGGACGAGGAAACUGGCCGCUGGGUGCCAGCUGGCAAGUCCACGGAGCCCAAGCUGGAGGUGAAGAACCUGGUUCCAGGCAAGAAGUACAAGUUCCGAGUGCGUGCUGUAAACAAGGAAGGCGACUCUGAUGAGCUUGAGACGGACACGAGCACGCUUGCCAAGAAUCCCUUUGACGAACCUGGCAAACCGGGCCGUCCUGAGCCGACAGACUGGGACAGUGACCAUGUGGAUCUCAAGUGGUCACCACCAGAGAGCGAUGGAGGUACUCCCAUCACAGCAUACGCAGUUGAAAAGCGCAAGAAAGGCACGCACAAGUGGCAGAAGGCUAAGGAAGUGCCUGGCACCAGCAACGAGGCCACUGUCAGCGACCUGGAAGAGGGAGAGGAAUACGAGUUCCGUGUCAUUGCCAUCAAUAAGGAAGGACCCAGCGAGCCUAGCGACGCUUCCAGAUCCGUGGUGGCCAAGCCCAGGAAGUUGGCACCCAAGAUCGACCGCACCAACCUCAAGGACACAACUAUUAAGAGCGGCCAGUCACUGAAACUUGACGUGGAUGUCAAGGGCGAACCCUGCCCAACUAUCGAGUGGUCCUUCAAUGGACAGCCUCUCAAGGCGAACGACAAAAUCAAACUUGACAUUGAGGACUACCACACUCUGUUCAUCCUGACGGGGGCCAAGCGUGCUCAUACUGGAACCUACACUAUCACAGCCAAGAACAUGCAUGGCACUGAUGAGGCAUCCAUUCAGCUCAAAGUGCUCAGCAAGCCAUCCAAGCCCAAGGGCCCACUAGAGGUGUCGGACGUGACAGCCGAAGGCUGCAAGCUGAAAUGGGACAAACCGGAAGAUGACGGUGGCGAGCCCGUGCAGCAGUACGUUGUGGAAAAGAUGGACACAGACACUGGCCGCUGGGUUCCAGUCAUGACUACCAAGGAACCAGAGGCUGAAGUCAAGGGCUUGAUUCCAGGCAAGGAGUACAAGUUCCGCGUCCGUGCCGUCAAUCCAGAGGGCGAGUCAGAACCACUCGAGACAGAACAGGGAAUUAUUGCCAAAAACCCAUACGACGAGCCGGGCAAACCUGGCAAGCCAACAGCCAAGGACUGGGACAAACACCAUGUCGACCUGGCCUGGCAGCCUCCGACUAACGACGGUGGCGCUCCGGUGACAAGCUACAUCGUGGAGAAAAAGGACAAGUUCAGCACCAAGUGGCAGAAGGCUGCCGAAAUCAUCGGCGACAAGUGCGAAGCUAGAGUGCCCGACCUUAUUGAGGGCAUGGAGUACCAGUUCCGCGUCCGGGCUGUCAACAAGGCCGGUCCUGGUGCGCCCAGUGAUGCAAGCGAUAUGGUCAUUGCCAAGCCACGCUUCUUGGCUCCCAAGAUUGAUCGUUCCACGCUCAAGGACGUGACCAUUCACGCUGGACAGGGCGUCAAAUUUGACGUAAAGGUUAUCGGCGAGCCUCCUCCAAAGACUACGUGGUUCCUAGAGAAGACCGAACUGAAGGACGGAGGACCAUACUCAAUUGACAAGGAGCCUUAUCGCACAAAGUUCACCAUCCACAAUGCAGAGCGCAAGGACACAGGGGAGUACAAGUUAGUGGCCGAAAACACCUCUGGAAAAGAUGAGGCUACCGUCAAGAUCACAGUACUAGACAAACCCACACCUCCCGAGGGACCUUUGGAGGUGACAGAUGUACAUGCCGAAGGCUGCAAGCUUAAGUGGAACCCACCAAAAGACGACGGUGGGCAGCCGCUUGAUGGCUAUGUGGUGGAGAAAAUGGACACCGAUACUGGACGUUGGGUGCCCAUCGGUCGGCCCACAAAGCCCGAAAUGGAGGUCAACAACCUGGAGCCAGGCAAAGAGUACAAGUUCCGGGUGCGUGCCGUCAAUCCUGAGGGAGAGUCGGAGCCACUCGAGACAGAGAAGGGCACCAUCGCCAAGAAUCCCUAUGACGCGCCUGGUAAACCAACGGGAGCAGAAGUCACAGACUGGGACAAAGAUCACAUGGACCUGAAGUGGCAGCCCCCACUCAAAGAUGGUGGUGCCCCUAUUGAAAAGUACAUUGUGGAAAAGAAAGAGAAAGACAGCCCUGUCUGGACCAAGGCGGCUGUAGUGGAUGGAAAAACCUGUGAGGCCCGCGUGCCCGACCUCAUUCCUGGCGAGACAUACGAGUUUCGCGUUCGAGCUGUCAAUGCUGCUGGCCCCGGAGAGCCAUCGGACACCACCAAGCCUAUGGUUGCCAAGCCUAGAAAAUUGGCUCCCAAGAUUGACCGCCGCAGCCUGAAGCCUAUCACUAUCAAGGUCGGUCAAGACUUUGAGUUCGAUGUGAAGGUUCAAGGUGAACCGCCCCCGAGCAUCAGCUGGAUGCUUGGAUCCAAGCCAGUGGCUGAACGUCCCACACUGAGCAUCACAAAUGUUCCGUACAACACGAAACUGACCUGCGACCGUGCCGAGAGGAAAGACAAUGGUGUCUACAAGAUCAUUGCCUCGAACCAGUACGGAACAGACGAGGCUGAAGUGGAGGUCAACGUCAUCUCCAAACCCUCGAAACCUGAGGGUCCUUUGGAGGUGUCUGAUGUCACCAAGAACGGCUGCAAACUGGCCUGGAACAAGCCUAAGGAUGACGGUGGUGAGCCUAUCACCAAAUAUGUGGUGGAGAAACAAGAUCCGGACACGGGUGCAUGGGUUCCCAUUGGCGCGAGCCACUUGCCCGAGUUCCAAGUCACGGGGCUCACUCCUGGCAAGGACUACAAGUUCCGUGUCAAGGCUGUCAACAAGGAAGGCGAGUCGGAGCCUCUGGAGACUGACAUUCCCAUCACAGCCAAAGACCCGUAUGAUGCACCGUCGGCUCCUGGAAAGCCAGAGGCCACGGACUGGAACAAGGACCACGUGGACCUCAAGUGGACGCCACCGGACAAGGAUGGAGGCGCUCCCAUCUCGCACUAUGUCAUCGAGAAGAAGGAAAAGAACAGCCCUCGAUGGGAGAAAGCAGCCGAGGUACCCGGCGACCAGUGCAAGGGAACCGCUCCUUUCUUGGACGAAGGAAAGGAGUACGAGUUCCGUGUCAUCGCCGUCAAUAAGGCCGGUCCUGGAGAGCCCAGUGAAGCCUCCAAGCCUGUUGUGGCUAAGCCAAGAUUCCUGGCACCACGCAUUGACCGCAAGAACCUCCACGACUUGACCAUCAAGGCUGGACAGCCAAUCAAGUUUGACGUGAACGUCCAGGGCGAGCCUCCGCCGACCAUCGUCUGGUCUCUAGAUGAUGAGACCCUGAAACCCACUACACAUCGCAACAUUGAAACCGAGGACUACAACACCAAGUUGUCUGUGCGGAGGGCUGAACGUGGUGACUCUGGAAAGUACACCAUCACUGCCACGAACAGCUCUGGCAAAGAUGCAGCCACAGUUACAGUCAAUGUCCUGGAUGUCCCAGGAAAUCCCGAAGGUCCUCUGGAGGUCUCUGAUGUCCACAAGGAGGGUUGCAAGCUGAAGUGGAAACGACCGAAGGACACCGGAGGCAUGCCACUUGAUGGUUACCUUGUGGAAAAAAUGGACCCUGAAACUGGUGUCUGGGUUCCUGUGGGCAAGACCAAGGAGCCUGGAAUGGAUGUAACUGGCCUGACUCCAGGAAAAGAAUACAAGUUCAGGGUUAAGGCCUUGAACAAGGAAGGAGAGAGUGAGCCUCUCGAGAUGGAUGGAACCAUUGUUGCCAAGAAUCCAUUUGAUGAGCCUGGCAAGCCGGGCAAUGUCGAAGCAACCGACUGGGACAAGGACCACGUGGACCUCAAGUGGACUCCGCCUGAGAACGACGGUGGCGCUCCGGUGGAGAAGUACAUCAUUGAAAAGAAAGACAAGUGGGGCAACUGGGAGAAGGCCGCUGAAGUGCCUGCCAGCCAGACGAAGGCCACGGUGGGAGACCUGGCAGCCAACCAGCCGUACGAGUUCCGUGUCAUAGCCGUCAACAAGGCAGGACCGGGCGAGCCCAGUGAUGCCACACUACCCAUAAUUACGAAGCCACGCAAGCUGGCACCCAAGAUUGAUCGUACCAACUUGGACAAGGUGCGCAUUAAGGCUGGCCAGAACUUCAACUUUGACGUCAAUGUCAUUGGUGAGCCGCCACCAGAGGUCACCUGGACCCUGAAGGGCAAGAAGGUGCUCCCUUCGGAUCACGUGAAGCUGACCAACGUUCCUUACAACACCAAGCUGAAUGUGCGGCAUGCUCAGCGCGCCGACAGUGGCACUUACACCAUCACAGCUGUCAACGAGCACGGCAAGGAUGUCGCUGAUGUCGAAGUCAUUGUUCUUGACAAACCAACACCUCCUGGAGGACCUCUCAAGAUUGAAGACGUCCAUGCGGAGGGUUGCACACUCAAAUGGAAUCCUCCUGUGGACGACGGUGGCAUGCCUGUUGAUCACUAUGUUGUUGAGAAGCUGGAUCCCAAUACAGGAUUGUGGGUCCCAGCUGGUGACACCAUCGGGCCUGAGACUCAGAUGAAGGUAAAGGGAUUGCAGCCAGGCAAGACCUACAAGUUCAGAGUCAAGGCUGCCAACCGCCAAGGAGAGUCUGAACCCCUCGAGGCUGACAAAUCCAUCGUUGCCAAGAAUCCAUUCGAUGAACCUGGCAGUCCCGGCAAGCCAGAGAUUGAGGAUUACGACAAGGACUUUGUGAAGCUCAAGUGGACACCACCUGAAAAUGACGGAGGAUCACCUAUCACAGGCUACGUCAUUGAGAAGAAGGAUAAAUACAAUCCUGAUUGGACACCAGUCAUGGAAGUUCCAGCAGAUGAGACUAAGGCUAAGGUUGGUGAUCUCAUCGAAGGUACUCCGUACGAGUUCCGUGUCAGGGCAGUCAAUAAGGGUGGUCCAGGAGUUCCCAGCGAGUCCACUGGACAACAUGUUGCCCGCCCUAAAAACAUGGCUCCAAGAAUCGAUCGCACUGCUCUGCAUGACAUCCGUAUCAAGGUUGGAAAGAGCUUCGAGUUUGAAGUGCCCGUUCUUGGUGAGCCACCACCAAACAAGAAGUGGGCCCUGGAGGGCAAGAGCAUAGAGGACGACAAGCGCUGGACCAUCUCGCAUGAACCUUACAAGACCAAGCUGGCUGUGCGCAAUGCUGAACGUGGUGACAGUGGCACCCUCACCCUGACGGCAACCAAUCCCAAUGGCACAGACACCGCUAAAGUCAAUGUCGUUGUUAUGGAUGUGCCUCAGGCACCGCAGUUGAUCAAGAUCGACAAGAUCACAAAGGACAACUGCGAAGUAUCAUGGAAGCCUCCAAAGGAUGACGGUGGUUGCGACAUCUUGCAUUAUGUUGUGGAGAAGAAGGAUCUGGACUCUGGCAUCUGGACACCUGUUGCCGAAACCAUGGGCACCACAGUGAAGGCUGAACGCCUGGCCAACCAGCAUCAGUAUCACUUCCGGGUGAAGGCGGUGAACAAGGAGGGCGAUUCUCCGUACGCAACCACAAAGGAUGCCAUCACUGCGAAGAAUCCAUUCGACCAACCCAACAAACCAGCACCUCCGGAGGUCACCGACUGGGACGCCGACCACGUAGACCUUGAGUGGCGUGCUCCACGUGAUGGUGGUGCUCCGAUCACGGGGUACGUUGUCGAAAAACGCAACAAGGGCAGCCCGCUGUGGGAAGAGGCCGCUCGCGUCCCUGGCGAUGCCACCAAGGCCACUGUGCCUCACUUGAAGGAAGGCGAGGAGUACGAGUUCCGAAUCAUCGCCCUCAACAAGGCCGGACCCAGCGAGCCGAGCGAUCCAUCAAAGUCGGUGGUUGCCAAGCCCCGAAAGUUGGCUCCAUCGCUGGACAAGGCUGCCCUGAAGGACAUCAAGGUACGGGCUGGACGGCCUAUCAAUUUCACAGUGCCCAUCAAGGGAGAACCUGCGCCUACCGUCCAGUGGCAAAUUCAUGACAAGCCUGUGCAUGACAACCGUGUCGAGGUCACCAAUACAGCCAGCCAAACACUGCUGGACAUCGCAUCCUCCGUGCGUUCUGACUCUGGAAAGUACACGCUGGUGUUGGAGAAUGACCAUGGCAAGACGUCAGCCUCUGCUAAUGUGACCGUUCUUGAUCGCCCAUCAGCUCCGCAAGGACCUCUCGGCAUUGCCGAAGUGACCAAGAACUCAGCCACCAUUACCUGGAAGGCUCCUGCAGACGAUGGUGGCACUCCUAUCAAGCACUAUCUCAUUGAGAAGAUGGACACGUCUCGUGGCACUUGGGUGGAGGCAGGCACCACACCAAACCUCACUUUCAAGGUUCCUAAACUGGUGCACAAGAAGAGUUACCAGUUCCGCGUGAAGGCUGUCAAUGAGAUUGGCGAGUCGGAGCCGCUCGAGAAGACCGAGCCCAUCAUUGCCAAGGAUCAGUUUGAGAAAUCGAGCCAGCCAGGCCGCCCCAAGGUGACUGAUUGGGAUAAGGAUCACGUCGACCUGGAAUGGAAGCCGCCCACUGAUGAUGGCGGCUGCCCGAUCAAGAGCUACAUCAUCCAAAAGAAGGAGCGUGGUUCUCCCCUGUGGACAAAGGCAAAGGAGGUUCCGGCAUCACAGACAAAGGCUACUGUGCCAGAUCUCAGAGAAAACCAGGACUAUGAGUUCAGGGUGAUUGCAGUCAACGCCGGUGGUGAGAGCGAGCCUUCGGAGCCAUCAGAUCUCAUCACAUGCAAGCCUAGAUUCUUGGCACCCAAGAUUGUGAGCCCCAUGAAAGAAGUGAAAGUCAAGAUCGGCCAGACCCUAAAUGUUGAAAUCAAGUUCAUCGGUGCUCCCCCACCGACCGUCUCGUGGAUGGUUGAUGGCAAGCCAUUGAUCUCGGAUGACCGGGUCACCAUAUCCAACUUUGACGACCACACCAUAAUCAACACCGUUGAUACCAAGAGGUCUGACGGUGGGGCGUACACAUUACACCUCAAGAAUGACAGUGGCGAGGACAGUGGAACUCUGCCAGUUGUCAUUCUGGAUAAACCAAACCCACCUGAAGGUCCCUUGAAUGUCGAUGAAGUUGACAAGGACCAUGUGAAGCUUUCCUGGAGGCCUCCCAAGGACACUGGAGGAAGUGACAUCACGGGUUAUGUUAUUGAGAAGCGGGACAAGACCCAUGGCGGCCAGUGGGUGCCUGCGGUUUCGUUUGUGCCGCCAACGGCCACCGAAGCAACUGUGCCGAAACUCAUUGAAGGAACUGCAUACGAGUUCCGAGUUAUGGCUGAGAAUGCACAGGGAUUGUCUGAGCCUCUUACAACAACUCGUCCAGUUGUGGCCAAGAGUCCAUAUGGUACCCCAGGCAAGCCUGGACAGCCUGAAGCUGUGGAUCAUGACCGUGAUUUCAUCAAAAUCAAAUGGGAGCCGCCACGCAAUGAUGGAGGCUCACCCAUCACAGGCUAUGACAUUGAGCGCAGAGACACCAAGUCUAACCGCUGGGUGCGCGUCAACAAGGAACCUGUUCGAACGCCCGAGUAUACAGACAAGGAUGUGACAGAUGGGCACCAGUAUGAAUAUAGAGUGGUUGCCAAGAACGCAGCCGGCCCAAGUGAGCCAAGCAUGGCUUCUAAGCCGAUUGCUGCCAAACCAAUGAAAGAGAAGCCAAAGCUGCACUUAGACGGCCUCUAUGGAAAGGGUAUCCGCGUGCGUGCGGGUGAUCCGCUCAACAUCAACAUCCCGCUCACGGGUGCCCCUGCACCUGCUGUCACGUGGUUGAUCAACGACAAGGAGAUCCCGCCCACCAACCGGAUCCGUACAGACACCGCUGACGAGGCCGUCAACCUCACCAUUCCAGUGUCGCAGAGAGGUGACACAGGAAAGUACACCAUCAAGGCAAAGAACAUGUAUGGAGAAGAUUCGGCUGACAUCGACGUUCUCGUCUAUGAUAAGCCUGGACCUCCUCAAGGACCACUAGAAUAUCCUGAGGUGACUAACUCUACAGUGGUGCUCAAGUGGAGAAAACCAGAAGAUGAUGGUGGAGCAGAGAUCACAGGAUACCUUGUUGAGAAGUGCGAGGUUGGCUCCGACUUCUGGCAGCCCGUGCCAGGCUACUGUCCCAACACAACGUACACUGUGCGCAACCUCGAGGAAGGCAAGCAGUACAAGUUCCGUGUUCGUGCAGAGAACAUUUACGGCAUCAGUGAACCGCUGGAGGGCAAGCCAGUUACUGCCAAGAACCCAUUCGACACACCCGACUCUCCUGGUCAGCCAAAGGUUGAUGAGAUUGGCCCGACUGCUGCUACCAUUUCUUGGACACCUCCAACUAAUGAUGGUGGGCGUCCAAUUCAAGGUUACAUUGUGGAGAAGCGUGAGCGGGGACAUCCCGAAUGGGUCAAGGCCAAUGCUGCACCCACACCUGGCACCCAGUUCACAGUGCCUCACCUCACUGAAGGCAAGACCUACGAGUUCAGAGUGACAGCUGUCAACGAGGGCGGCCCUGGAAAACCAAGCAAGCCAAGUGUUGCUGUUGUGGCCAAGGAGCCCAAGUUUGCUCCCAGCGCUCCGGACACGCCACGUGUGGACAAGAUCACCAAGAACUCGGUGACCCUCUCCUGGAACAAACCCACAAACGAUGGUGGAAGCAAGAUCAAGGGCUACAUCAUCGAGAAGAAGCCCAAGGAUGCCAAGGACUGGACGCCGGUGAACAUCCUGCCUCACCCAGACACCAAUUUCACGGUGCCCAACCUGGACGAAGGGCAGGAAUACGAAUUCCGGGUGGUGGCCGUCAACGACAUCGGCGAGAGCCCACCGAGCAAGCCCACGGGUCUUGUGCUGGUUGAGGAGCAGCCAGACAAGCCAAGAAUCAAUGCUGGCGCUGUGAAGGACAUUGUUGUGAAGGCUGGCCAGGACUUCAGCAUCAAUGUGCCAUUCACUGGCUUCCCCAAACCGGAAGCUAUCUGGUCCAAGAAUGACAUUGACCUUGAUGACAAAGAGCCGAGAAGGACAUACAAGGUGUCAGAAGAGAAUGCUAGCCUGACUGUUACCAAGGCAAAGAGGGAUGACACUGGCCAGUACAAGCUGUUCCUCAAAAACAAGCACGGAUUUGACACUGUCUACUGUAAGGUAACUGUCCUAGAUCGUCCAGCACCACCAGAAAAUCUGCGUGGUGAAGAGGUGGAUGGUGACUCCCUGACAUUGCGCUGGCUGCCACCAAAGGACGACGGUGGAGCAGAAAUCACCAACUAUGUUGUGGAGAAGCAAGAAGAGGGCACCAAGUCUUGGCACCGGAUCGGCACCUACGUCGUGGGCACUGCAUUUCGAGUGCGUGGGCUCACCGUUGGCCGCCGCUACAACUUCAGGGUCAUGGCUGAGAACCAGUUUGGAACCAGUGAUCCUGCAACGACCGCUGAGCCCAUACUUGCCAAGCUGCCAUUUGACCCACCAAGUGCACCAGGAGCCCCACAUGCUGUGGACACAUCGCCCGACUCCAUCACCAUCGCAUGGAACAAGCCACGAAAUGACGGUGGUUCACCAAUCACUGGUUACCUUGUUGAGAAGCGCAAAGUUGGCGACACCAAGUGGAGCCGCGUUACACCGACACCUGUGCCAGAUCUCACACACAAGGUGCCAGGCCUAACUGAAAACCAGCAGUAUGAAUUCCGUGUGUGUGCCGUCAACGCAGCUGGGGAGUCACCCUGGAGCAAUGCUUCAGAGGGCAUCUAUGCAAGGCCUCCUCCAGCUGCUCCCAAGAUUGAUAGUGGCUUCACCAUGCGUGACAUUGUGGUCAUGGCUGGUGAGGAGUUUACUAUCCGAGUUCCGUACAGUGGCAGUCCGGCACCAGAGGCAUCUUGGACUAUCAAUGGAAACGCUGUGCUACCUGACGACAGGAUCCACACUGAAGUUAAUGUGGCAUUCACCGUGUUCCUCAACAAGAAGGCCAAGCGUGACGACAGCGGAAAGUACACGCUUACGUUGAAGAACCCACAGGGUUCAGACACAGCAUCAUGCAAGGUCCUUGUUGUUGACAAACCAGGCCCGCCGCAAGGUCCACUGGAGGCAUCGGAUAUUACACCUGAAACCUGCUCACUCUCGUGGCGACCUCCCCUGGAUGAUGGUGGUAGCCCGAUCACUAACUAUAUUGUUGAGAAACAAGAUCCAACCACCAAGAUUUGGACCAAGCUGUCUAGCUUUGUCCGGGGCUGCCACUAUGAUGUCAUCGGACUGGAACCAAACAAGAAGUACAAUUUCCGGGUCAGUGCAGAGAACCAGUACGGUGUCAGUACUCCACUGGAGACUGAUCGUCCCAUCACUGCCAAGUUCCCAUUCGAUGUGCCAAGCCCACCAGGUCGUCCAGACAUUGUGGACUAUGACGUCACCAGUGUAAGCCUGAGGUGGGAUCGUCCUGCCAGUGAUGGUGGCUCCAAGAUUCAAGGAUACCAGGUUGAAUACCGCGAGCCCAUCGAUGGCAAGUGGCGCAUUGCCAAUGAUGGUCUUGUCAAGGACACAUCCUACACCGUUACUCGGCUGUUCGAGGGCAAAGACUAUGAAUUCAGGGUGAAGGCCAAGAAUGCUGCUGGCUUCAGUGAACCCAGUGAGCCGACGGCAACCCUGAGACUAAAACCGAAAUUCUCUGUUCCAUCGCCUCCUCAGAACGUUGAGGUGGUCAAAGUUGGAAAGAGCUACUGUGACCUCAAAUGGGACAAGCCAAGAUCAGACGGUGGCAGUCGCAUUACAGGUUACAUUGUGGAACGACGUGAGGUUGGCAGUCCAUUCUGGUUGGUGUCGAACGACUACACAAUCCUGGACUGCGACUACACAGACAUGAAACUCAAGGAGAACAACGAGUACGAGUUCCGCGUGUACGCCGUCAACGCUGCUGGAAAGAGUGAGCCAUCUAUGUGUACCACACCAGUGAAGGCGACAGAGUACAAAGAUGGAGUAAAGCCAGAGUUUGUGCGCCGACUUUUCAACAAGAAUGUCAGCCUUAAGAAGCAAGUCACUCUUGAAUGUGAAGCCAUUGGAAAGCCUGCACCAACUGCAAGAUGGCUAAAGAAUGGCCGAGACAUCCGUGGUGGGACGAGAAUCCGAGCCGUUGAGAAGCCAGAGGAAGGCGUCUACCAGCUCGUCUUCAGCGAGAUUGAAGACGGGGAUGAAGGAGAAUACACCUGUGAAAUUAGCAACCCUCUGGGCUCAGCGCGGUGUUCUGCUGACCUCAAGAUUGCUGCGCCACCACGAAUUGAGCGCUGUCCGAAUGAAGUGUACGUGCCAGAGAAGGACAACGGCAAGGUCAAGAUCUACUUCUCGGGCUCAACACCCAUGGAGGUAUCGCUGUUCAAGGGAGGCCUUGAAGUGCCGGAGAGUGACCACCUCAAGUACACGGUGUUUGAUGACUACGUCAUUGUGUACCUGCGUGAGGCUGAGAAGCCAGAUGAGGGCAAGUACCAGCUCACCCUCAAGAAUGACAGCGGUACAGCGAGCGCCCAGUUCACACUCUACGUCACUGGCUUACCUGGCCCACCUGUUGGACCUCUGGAAGUGUCUGACAUCACUCAGCACACGUGCAAACUUGCAUGGCACCCACCAAAGUAUGAUGGCGGCUGCAAGGUUACCCACUACAUUGUUGAGCGCAGGGAAACCACUCACAACCAGUGGGUGGUCGCGAGCACUUACUGUCGUGACACAACACUAACAGUACAAGGUCUGACUGAAAAUGGGGAGUACCUCUUCAGAGUCAUGGCUGUCAACGAAAACGGCCAGAGUGCUCCACUGGAAGGAACAAACCCGAUCAUUGCCAAGUUGCCAUUUGAUCCACCAACUGCACCUGGCAUACCCGUGGUAACUGAGGUGGGUGGCGACUUUGUGAACCUGUCGUGGGAGAAACCAGAAUCAGAUGGUGGCUCGCGCAUCCUCGGCUACUGGGUGGACAAGCGUGAAGUCGGCACUCAAGCCUGGCAGCGGGUCAACCCCGCGCACCUGUGCCUGCCGACGCAAAUCAAUAUCCCCAACCUCAUUGAAGAUCGUCAAUACGAGUUCCGCGUGUUUGCCGUCAACGAGGCCGGCCAGAGUCCACCGUCUUCGAACUCCCAGCAAGUCAAGAUCAAGGACCCACAAGCCGCAACACCACCUGAGUUCAUCAUGCCUCUCAAGACUGCCAUGGGCAUUGAGAACAAGAGCGCCCAGUUCCAGUGCAAGGUGACAGGAAACCCGACCCCCGAAAUAACGUGGUACAAGGGCACACGCGAGCUGCACGAGAGUCUCAAGUACAGCAUCACGCGCGAAGGUGAACUGUGUACCCUCAUCAUAUCAGACAUCUUUGGGGAGGACGCCGACGAGUACACCUGCCGUGCUGUCAACAAGGGCGGUACCCGUUCUACUCGGGCAGAGCUGCUCAUCAAGACGGCACCACACAUCAACGUGCCACCUCGUUUCCGCGAACUGGCCUGCUUCGAGAAGGGCGAGAAUGUGGUGCUCAAGAUUCCCUUCACGGGCUUCCCGAAGCCGCGCAUCAAGUGGUUCAAGGAAGGCGAGGAGAUCGAGAGCGGCGUUCACUUCGACAUCCAAACUGGCGAGCGGCACGCCAUCCUCACCAUCCGCGAUGUCAACAAGACCGACAGCGGACCGUACCGCCUGGUUGCGGAGAAUGAGCUUGGCAUGGACUCGGCUAUCAUCAAGGUCCAGAUCAGUGACAAACCUGACCCACCCAGACACCCAGUGGUUGAGAACAUCAAUGAUGACAACUGCCUGCUGUCAUGGAAACCACCGUUGUGGGAUGGUGGAAGCCACGUCACGAACUACAUGAUUGAGAAACGAGAAAGCCCACUCACCACGUGGGUGCGCUGUGGAAACACGAGGUUCACAACUCACCAGAUCAAUGGCUUGAACCCGUCCAAAGAAUACCAGUUCCGCGUGUAUGCUGAAAACGUCUUUGGAAGGAGUGAGCCUUGUGAACCCACAGCUCCCAUCAUGACCAAGCCUUCAAGGAAGGAAAAGAAGAAAGACUACAUGGUUGACGAACAUGGAAAGAAGAUCAGAGGAAAAUCUGAGGGCAAAAUUACAAACUAUGACCAAUUUGUGCAUGACUUUGACAAGUACAUUCCGCAACCAAUCGACAUCAAAACUUCCAGCGUGUAUGACUACUACGACAUCCUCGAAGAGAUCGGAACGGGUGCCUUUGGUGUUGUGCAUCGCUGCCGCGAGAAGAAGACUGGCCACAUUUUUGCGGCCAAGUUCAUUCCCGUUUCUCAUCCUUUGGAGAAGUCCAUUAUCCGCAAGGAGAUAGACAUUAUGAACCAGCUGCAUCACCCCAAACUCAUCCGCCUUCAUGAUGCUUUUGAAGAUGACGACGAAAUGGUGCUCAUCUAUGAAUUCAUGUCUGGUGGAGAGCUGUUUGAACGCAUCACAGAUGAGGACUACAAGAUGUCCGAGGCUGAAGUGAUAAACUACAUGCGCCAGAUCUGCGAGGGUGUCAAGCACAUGCAUGAAAAGAACAUUAUUCACCUUGACCUCAAGCCCGAAAAUAUUAUGUGCCAGACUAGGAAGAGCACGAAUGUCAAGCUCAUCGACUUUGGACUGGCUACCAAGCUUGAUCCAAAUGAGGUCGUCAAAAUAUCAACUGGAACUGCCGAGUUUGCGGCUCCCGAGAUCGUUGACCGCGAGCCAGUUGGCUUCUACACGGACAUGUGGGCGGUUGGCGUGCUGGCAUACGUCCUAUUGAGUGGUCUGUCGCCGUUUGCUGGUGAGAAUGACGUUGAAACACUGAAAAAUGUCAAGGCCUGUGACUGGGACUUUGACGACGAGGCUUUUGCAAAUGUUUCUGAAGAAGGCAAGGACUUCAUUCGCCGUCUGCUCACAAGAAACAAGGAUAAGCGUAUGACAGCGCAUGAAUGUCUGGAGCACAAUUGGCUCAAGGGUGAUAUCAAGGAGUCGGCAACCAUUCCAAUACCCAACAGCCGGUACAUCAAGUUCCGGGAUCACAUCAGGGCCAAAUACGGCCACUACUGGGACUCAUGCACAGUUCCCAUUGGUCAUAUUGCAAACUACAGCUCAUUACGAAAACUCCACGACAAGAAGUACAACAUCCAUGACUUCUACUUUGAUCGACGACAAGCGGCACCGCGCUUUGUCAUCAAACCAACAAGUGCAUUUGCCUUUGAAGGACAAAGCGCCAAAUUUUACUGCAGGGUUAUUGCUGCUGCACCUGCCACCAUCACAUGGUAUCGUGACAGCUGCGAACUUCGGCAGAGCGUAAAGCACAUGAAGCGCUACGAGGGCGACGACUACUACUUCAUUCUGAACCGGUGUCGUCUUGACGAUCGUGGCGAGUACAUCAUUCGUGCAGAAAACAGUUACGGCUACAGAGAGGAGCCUGUCUUCCUGAAUGUUCAAGCUAUGCCAAUCACGAUUCCAGAAGUCCGGCUAGAGGAGCCUGUCAGGAGGCGCAGAGAGCCUCUGAAGUACGAUUUGUGGGAGGAGCCCGCCGACAGCGCUCCUUGCUUCACAUUCCAUCUCCGGCCUCGUGUCAUCCAGACCAACAUUGGCGUCAAGCUUCUCUGCUGCUUGUCUGGAAAGCCACAUCCAGAGAUCAAAUGGUACAAGGACGGCAAAGAGCUCAGCAAGUUUGACUACAACAUGUCCCAUGCGGAUGGCGUAGUGACGCUGGAGAUUUUGACUUGCAAGAAAGAAGAUGCCGGCAAAUAUGUCUGCAAGGCCAAAAAUGCUCUUGGAGAGGAUGAAACAAGCUGCUUCCUCAUCGUUGAAGACCGCCGCAGACUACCUGAAGGCCAUUCCCCGACCGUGAUACAACAUCACACAGGAGCCUCUCCUGCCUCGCCAACCCCUUACUCUGCCAAACCCGCUUACUCUGGCUACGACUCCUCUUUGUCCUCGUAUGCACGAGCCUCUGAUCUAGGACUGCACUCCAAGAGCGACUAUUUGCGCCACUCCUCCAAAUUCGCAGAUACCCGAUCUGUGAAGAGCUCAAGGGUCAGCGAUGUCUCGUCAUCUUAUUCUGCCAGGGACUACUCGUCUGCGAGCAAGCACCUGGCUAGCUCAGACUACAAGUCAAGCAGUUUGUACAAAUCUGACUAUAAAUCGGACUAUAAGUCUGACUAUAAGUCUGACUACAAGUCCAAAUCUGACUACAAGUCAGACUACAGGUCUUCCUCCAAAGUCUCAACCGACUACAAGUCCUCGUCGGAUUAUAGGUCCACAUCAGACUACAAGUCAGACUACAAGUCGAAAUCCGACUAUAAGUCUGAUUACAAGUCAUCUGAUUACAAGUCGGUGGACAAGAAGACAACUGACUACAAAGCUUCGGAUGUGUCAUCUUUGUCUAGGCGAGACUCUGCAAAGGACCGUGUUGCGAGUACGCUAAGUUCUGCGGCUGCCAAGCUGUCACCUCCGCCAGACACUGGAGCCACCAAGCGUGUUCAGAAGCCUUAUGGUAAGAAGGAAGGAGCAGAAGGCACUAGCCCAUCUCGUUCUCGGACUACGACACAGGAGCUUAAACUUCCUGAUGAAGCCCUGCCAAUGGUAGCACCAUCUUUCAAGGUUGGUCUUCAAGACAUGAGCAUUAAGGAUGGUGAACCCCUCCUGCUCAAAGCCGUUGUGGACGGCGACCCUGAGCCAUCCGUGGAGUGGUUCAAGAAUGGCGAGUCUCUAAAAUCCUCGGACAUCAUCAGCCUGAAGUACAAAAAUCGUGAAGCCAGUCUUUCCAUUGGUGAAGUUUACCCCGAGGAUGAAGGAGAGUACGUCUGCGUAGCAACCAAUGCCGAAGGCAAGGCGGAAACACGCAGCAAGCUCACCGUACUGCCCAUGGAGAAAGAGGAGGUAGAAUCAAAAGGCUUCGAUGGCAAGUCACCCAUCUUUGCUGAGCACCUUAAGAGCCAUGUUGUGAAGGAUGGUGAUGCAGUGACGCUACAAUGUACAAUUAGAGGUUCGAACAAGUUUGAUGUUGUGUGGCUGCACAAUGAAAAGGAGAUUAAGUCUAGCAAAGACUUCCAAUAUGUGACAGAGGGUGAUGUUUACAAACUUGUGAUUGCCGAAGUGUACCCAGAAGACAGUGGCACCUACACCUGUGAAGCUUUCAAUGACGUUGGGGAAGCAUUCAGCACCUGCACCCUGGAUGUCUUAGUUCCAGGUGAGCCACUCGUGGGGCCUGGAUUCUCUAUAUAUCCAAGGUCGGCAACAUCAGCAGAAGGCCAGCCAGUUGUGUUCAAGUGUGUCACGGACAAAGAAGCUCUCGGAGUUCGAUGGCUGAAGGAUGGUGAUGCCCUGAAGGAGGGUGCCCACUACAAGAUUGCCCAAGACGGCCGAGCCUGCACAAUGACCAUCACACAGUCUACUGUAACCGACGUGGGCCAAUACCAGGCCAUCGCUACAGAUGCAAGCGGGGAGAGCACUGCCAGCUUUGCCCUCAAUGUUGUCUCUCAGGCUGACCAGCUAUGAACACAGCACAGUCGAGCAGAUGCUAUCCAGUCUCUCUUACCAUCAUCUUCCAGGUGCAUCAUCCUGAACCUCUUGCAACGAAGUUUCUUCCUUCAACACACUUUCUUUCUGUCUUCUGCAACAACGGGGCAGCAGGAUGGCAUCAGCAGCAUUAUUUCUUUCAUUGUUGAUGAUGGCCGUUUUUCUUUCCGUCUUCAAGAGAAGCUCACUCAUACACUGAAUGCGAGAAGUGUGCAGAUGCGUAGAGUACGGUGAUGCCAUCCUGCAGCAACAACGAGUGCUGCCAUAUAACCAACAUCUUUCAGUUCAGCGCUGCAGAGAGAUAACGAAACUGUUACCAAUGCAUGAAUGUACUCUGACCUAGGUUUUUUUUUUUUUUGCUUGCUGUAACUUUUAUUUUUAUUUUUCUCAUGCAAUAUUUUCGUCUUUUUUGGAGUGUUGGUUCUCCAAUCUGUUGCCGUCUCAAACUUGACGUUUUUCUUUUUUUUUUUUCAAAACUAAAACACUAUUAUCACAUGCAGCGACAAUACUUUCUCGGGCAGCUAAACUUGAUUUCGCUUCUGCCAUGGCCAGUGCAGCUCAUGCAUCUCUAUCCAAAAUUUACGCUACACUGAAAAGUGUAGCAACAAGUUCACGGCUAUCAUAAUACUAUGUACUAAGACUUCAGAAGGUGGGGGCAGCUUCUGAAUAGUGCAGAGCUUGCGGCCAUGUGGAGGCGAAAACAAGUUUAGCAAACAGUGAUUGUUUGUAGCCUGGGCGUCAUUUUAUGGGCAUAUGUGAAUAAAAGAGAAGUCGAUGUAA